UAUAAAUACAACUGUCCAGAUCUUUUAUUUCAAAUUGACUUGAGAAGCAAUCAGAAGCUAUCACAAACUUUCAAAGCACUUGUUUCAUUUCCGUUGCUUAACUCGCUCUUAUAGAAUUUUGUACGUAUUGAUUUUUUUAAAUUCCCACCAUCAUAAAUACUUGAAGAUAAACGACGACCAAACCCUAAAAGUAUGCCUAGGGUAUUGGACAUAAGUCUUUUCUUAUUUCUACUUGGUAUUGUGUCUAGUAACCCAGUCGAUCGCUAUGACAUCCUCUCCGAUAAUCAAAGUCCAUUCUACAUUGAAGAGGGCAUCAAUAAAGAGAAUACUCAACAAUCCAGAGUAAUCAGAGAAAUAAUAGAUACGGCUCCACGUAGGAAGCGUUCUGAUGGUAUGGCGAAUAUGGAACCUAUGGAUAUACAGAACAAUGACACUACUUUGUUUGAAGGAGAUAUUAAACUUACUGAAGAACAAAGAGAAUACAUAAAUAAUGCUCGUAUUGGAGGUGCUGAGACGAGGACUAAACGAAAGGCAGCCAUCAAUCUUUAUAAUAUAUGGGAGACUAAACAAGUCCCAUAUUUUAUUACAUCAGGUAUCAGUGACCUCAAGAAGACGCGGAUUGAAGAGGUGAUUACUUCUAUGGAAGAGGAAACAUGUAUACAGUUCAUUGAAUUGGAAGAUCCCGGUCAACAUGAUGGAAGUUAUCUUAAUUUCAUCAGUGCUUCCGGGUGCUAUUCAUACAUUGGACGAUUAAACGGACAAGUCAACGAUGUUUCUAUUGGAGAUGGAUGUGAAUAUUUUGGUAUCAUCUUCCAUGAAAUAUGCCACGCCCUUUCCUUCUUUCACGAGCAAUCCCGUCCAGAUCGAGAUGAUUACGUCACAAUCAUUAGUGAUCACAUCCAAUCAGGCUUCGAGAAUAACUUCAAUAUGUAUGACACCAGUCGUAUCAAUACGUAUGGUAUACCGUAUGAUACUGAGUCAAUCAUGCAUUAUUCGAGCACGGCCUUUUCUAUUGACCCUAAUUAUUUGGACAAGCACGAUAGAAGACCAACAAUAGUGACCGUUGAUCCAUUGGAGAUGCCUUACUUAGGGAACCGUGUUGGUCCUACACACAGUGAUCUUAAGCUUCUUAAUCUUGUCUAUAGCUGCUCAGAUUCUUGUGAUGCUGGUAUGUCAUGUAUGAAUGGCGGUUACCUGAAUAAAUUCUGUGCAUGUACAUGCCCUCCUCAGUACACUGGAGCUCAAUGCGAAUCAGAUGUUAGCGACAGUAAUGAUGCACGUUGCCUUAUUACUAAGACUAUGGAAGACGGAUUAACUGGUAGUAUUACUUCUCCAGGCUACCCAUCAAUGUAUAAUUCAAAUACACUCUGUCAAUAUCUGAUCACGGGCCCGGAUGGAUCAACAAUCUCUCUGACCUUUACUUUCUUCGAGCUGCAAAACAGUGGUUCUUACACAAACGGUCAACCUUAUUAUCCUGAUUUUGUAAUCGUUUACGAUACAUUUGUGACUCAUGAUGGACGUAGGCUUUGGGGAUCAGAUAAUCCACUGCCAAUGACAUUCCAAUCUUCUGGAAAUCAAAUGAGGAUACUGUUCGAGUCAAACAGCCAACUCGAAUUUGGUGGAUUUGCCGCAAAUUAUACGAUAAAUACACCAGGUACGUCAACUACGCAGCCAACUGCAACCACAACAACUCAACCAACUACAACAACUCAAACAACCACAACAACUCAACCAACUACAACAACUCAACCAACCACAACAACUCAACCAACUACAACAACUCAACCAACUACAACAACUCAACCAACUACAACAACUCAACCAACCACAACAACUCAACCAACCACAACAACUCAACCAACUACAACAACUCAACCAACCACAACAACUCAACCAACCACAACAACUCAACCAACUACAACAACUCAACCAACUACAACAACUCAACCAACUACAACAACUCAACCAACUACAACAACUCAACCAACCACAACAACUCAACCAACUACAACAACUCAACCAACUACAACAACUCAACCAACUACAACAACUCAACCAACUACAACAACUCAACCAACCACAACAACUCAACCAACCACAACAACUCAACCAACCACAACAACUCAACCAACCACAACAACUCAACCAACUACAACAACUCAACCAACCACAACAACUCAACCAACCACAACAACUCAACCAACCACAACAACUCAACCAACCACAACAACUCAACCAACUACAACAACUCAACCAACUACAACAACUCAACCAACCACAACAACUCAACCAACCACAACAACUCAACCAACCACAACAACAACAACUUCCGAAGUCGUUGGUAGCUGUGGAGGAAUCUUUAACGACCCGGUUGGCCAGUUUGCUUCACCAAACUAUCCGGCAUCAUAUCUGAGCAACUCUUUGUGCACGUACCAAAUAACCGUGGCAGAAGGAAAACGUGUUGCUUUGACAUUUAACGAAGUUGAUUUAGAGCCGCGGUAUUGGCAGUGGUGUUAUGACUGGAUAAACGUAUAUCUUGGAAGUGACAGCGGUAACAUCAGAAUCUGCGAAGAUGACGUCCCACAAGGAGAAGUAAUUUCGACGUCUAAUACCAUGACAGUUAUCUUCUCGUCCGAUUACACCAUAGAGACAGGCGGCUUCAGUGCCACCUACCGUACAGUCGACAUCGUGGUCGUCAAUACUGAUCCUAUUGCUGGAGGUUCCAGGAAACGGGUUUGUGAGGACACGGUCAACCAAGAUGAUCUGUUCAUUCAGUCUCCAGAUCUUACUCCUGGUAAUGGUCAGAAGAACAUCCGAUGUAAUUAUGAUAUCACUGCUCCCGAAGGCUCUCACGUUGAACUUUUGUUUGAUCCGACGUUUGAGAUUAAAAACGUGACUAAAUGGAAUAUUCCCUGCUUUAGGAACUACCUUGAUAUCUACAUAGGACAGGCAGAAAAUGAUUACGUUUUUGAUAUCAGUCUCUGCGGUGACCAGGCCCCUAUUGGCUCGUUCAUAGCGGUGAACAAUCAGAUGAAUCUAAAAUUUAAGUCUAAGCGGAAUGGAAAUGAUGGAUUCAAGGCUAACUUUAGAUCGGUGAAUAUCGUACAAGGUUAAGUGAAGGUUAAAAACCCUAUGGUCACUGAAAACAGAGGUAUCAGGGUCAAGACAAACAUAUGAAUAUUACGAUUAAACAAUACAGGAGCAAGAAAAAUAUCUUAAAGGCAUUAUUGGCUAGCAUUGAUUUGACUUUUGCAAAUCUGAGCUGAUUUUUCAGUCAAAGAUAUAAGUGCCUGCCCGAAUUUGAUUUUGUAUUCUUCCUGAGUGAUUUUCAACCAUUAUCCAUAUAAACAAUAUCAAAUGAAUCAAAAUUUUGUAUUUCAAAUUGGAUCUUUGCGAUAUUCGCCUAUGCCUUUAAAUGUGAAGUCUAGACCAAGAAAAGUUUCUUUUAGUAAAUAUGUAGUAAGUGUAGGAUGAACGGCUUACAACCCUAGCGGCCCUUGUGAGCAUGUAAAUGAUGGAACUGUUGAAAUCACCCGUCACUAUUUUUUUUUAUUUUACUGUAUGAAAUAUUUUAUUUUACCUCUUUAUAGUGUGAAACGAACUUUGAGUCCUAUCUGAAUUGCUAUAUUUUGAUUUAAUAUGAUAACGUUCAGAACAUAGUAACCAACUAUAUCAUUUACAUAUACAUGAUAUCACCUGUGCUAUGCACAAGUGAAAAAUUGAAUGCAUAAUGUUAAAAUGUAUGACAUACUUCUUCUAAACUGGGUUCCAAAAUAAACUGAUCAAACUUUACAAGGGCAUUGCACAAAUUCCACUCAGUCAAAAUGAACAAUAUUUUUUACACAGGCUAGCUUCAAUAAUCUUUACCAAGGACAUGGUUUAGUCAUAGCGAGACUAUAGCCCAAAUUCACAAAAUGGCAAAAGAAACCCUAAUGCAAAUGAGAUGGGAUUAAAUAAACUUCCUAGUUUUCACAAAUGUCAUUCACAGUAAUUGGCUUGAUCACAAUAAACUACCGGAAUUGAAAAUCAAAAUUUUAAGUGUUGGAACAAUCACCCAGCUACGAACAGUUCCCCGGGAAUGUCCUGCGGGGGAUAAUCUGAACACGGUGUUAUUUGUAUUGGGCUGAGCGAGUUAUUUGUAAAGUUUGAUCAGUACAUCCGAUUUUGAUUAAAUCUUCAGCGUUAUGCUUGUACAAUUUGCGUUUUGUUGAAUCCACAUUUAAAUUCGGGCUUGACCUUGAGUAAUGAUGUAUCCGCCAAGUUUCAUAGGAAGUAUCAAUGAAUGCAAAAUAAUACUGGCUUCAACAAAUUAAUUAGUAUGAUUUUUUAAAAGGAAGAUUUGAAGCAGUCAACCAAUCAUGAAGAUUAAAUCAAAUCAGGAUACGAUUGAUAUUAUUGGUUGUAUAUCCAUGAAAAUAACAAUAAUAAAAUUACCUUCAAGAAAUGAUUUGUGCCCGAGAAAUUCAAACAGUGAUAUAGCGCGAUGGUUUUUCUUGUACUUGCUUUGGUAUAAAACAAAAGAAGGUCUUGCUUGUAAUUUGUCAAGUUAGUCUGUUAAGCAUUUGUUUGAAGAGUUAGAAAUGCUUUGCAAAUGAAACUAGGAGCAAAAGCGUUGCUGUAAAAUUUUGUGGACUGAUGUUUUAACAAUAAUGUAACAAAUAGUUCCUAGUUAGUUUAUAUCAGAUUAUAAAUAUAUAAAUCAUUAUGAAAAAAGUAUAAUUGAUGAUUUGACUAAAAAGGUAUAAUUAUGAUAGCGUUGGUGUAAAGUUUAAAUCCUUUAAUUUUUGGCGAAUUUACCUCAGUCUGUACGUAGAGCUUCAAUAUACGCCUCAGAAGAUUCUUGUAAUCUUAUCUAAAGAAAAGAAAUAUGCGAUUGUAUAUUGUGUAUUUAAUAAAGGUUGUUUGUAUGUUCAUAUCAUUUAUUAAUUUUCAUAUUUCCUUAAAUGAAUUGAGCACUGUAAACAGCUGCAGGGUAAAACCGGGUAAUGAUGAAAGUGCGCCUCGGAAUACAUUACUUUGCGCUAUACACAUAAACGCAUUUUACGUGUAUUAUCAUAUUUUUCUUGUUAAAUUUAAUUAUUUCAUACGUCUUGUUGUAUACACUCAUAGAAGUUGUAAUUAAAAGGGGGAAACACACAA